CAGAAAACAUCCAGCUUCCUCAUGCAGCAACACUUACUUUUGUUAAAGACAGUGAGGUGAGCAGAAUCUCUGAACAGGUGCUACACAGGUGAGGUGUCACAAUGCAUAAGGCCCAGAAGAGCACAGCCGGAAAUGCCGUGUUCUACAGACCACUUGAAAUUACAACAGAAAUAAGAUCUGGAUACCUGUUCAAGUCUCCUCCCCCAAAGCGGUUGAAGACAGAGAAAUCAUGGAAGAAGAGGUAUUUUGUGCUGUUCAAAAUCAGUGAUCGAGAACAUCAACUGAAGUACUUCAGGAGUCCAGAGGAAAAGGACAGGCCACUUGGAGGGAUAAACUUGUCACGUAUCUCUCUGUUGUAUGUGAACCCUCAAGACCACCAGAGAUGGAGAUGGGUCCAGAAGAGCGCCAGGUGCUCCCCAUCCUGUGUGCUCUACAUCAGGGCUGCUGACCGGGACUACUUCCUCGUCGGGGAGACGAGUGAGGAAGUGGAAGGCUGGUUCUCUGACCUGUUUGACGCCCUCAAAAACCUGCCACAUAAAUGUAUGGGUUCAGAGGAAACAGUUGAAACAGUUGAGCCACAGCUUAAAAUACGGUCCAUGUCUGAUCCAUCCUCAAAUGCUUUGCAGGGUGAAGAUUUUUCCAAAAGACGUGCAUCAGAACCUUUGAAUCCAAUCUAUGACUAUCCGAAAUCCUACUUGAGACAAUUACAAGUCGGGGAAAAUGGUUCAACCUGCGGCAAGAGCAUGGAGUCAAUAUAUGAAAUGAUGCAGGAGGUUAGACAUAAUGAGACAGUGGCCCAGGCAGCAGACCAUGAAGUUGAAGAGGUUACCGCUGGCAGUCUUAUGAGGUCUGUCACUAAGGUCUUUGACAGAUUGAAGACCCAGAUUUCCCCACUGCCUCCGUUCAAUGAGGAGACAGUAACUGAAGACAGAGAAGAAACACGUACUUCAGACUUCAGCAGCAGCUCCAGCGACAACGGGGCCAACUCUCCUGUGGAGAUGCUGGAGAGUCAAAAUGCGCACACACUGGAAAAACAAAGCUCUACUGAGAGUCUUGACCCCAUUAUCCCAGAGGAAAGAGAUAUUGAGGUCAAGCAGGCAGAUUUGAAAAAACACCUGAGACUAACAGAAGUGGAUGGGAAACCUUGUGUGUCUGGGUGGACAGGCCAGCCACAGACAGUGUGCCUGUUCCACAAAGGAGACCAGAUUCUGGCAAUGAAUGACUUGCACGUCAGCAGCGUGGAGGAGUUGAACAUGUUCGUCAGCAAGUCACUCAGGAAUGAGGUGAGACUGACCAUCCUGCGUCUACCUGGAUGCCACCCUCUGCAUUCCCCAAACUGUCUCUGCAGUGACUAACUGCAGACUUGCCCAUAAGAGAUGGAACAGUUAUUCCUACCUACCGGCUAAUGAUGCCUGUGUUUAGAGCACAAAGAGAUCAGUAAUAUUGUGUGUUAAAAUGUCCCCUCUAUUUACAUGUGAUGAGUAUUUGUUUAUAUGAAAAAAGACCCACAUACAAUUAAGAUUUAAACUUUCCCUUUUCUUAUUUUUCUGGAGAAAACUUUGUGAGUACUUAGGGGUUGAAAAACAGAAGAUGUAGGAAGAGACCAGUGUUUCUUGUUGUCCACUGCGCAGGGAGUGUCUUGUGAAUUAAUGUGAAGACAGAAUGCUGGUGCACCUCAGGCUAUGUUCCACCUAUUUCUCUCUGAUUUGAAACAAAAAUGGUGACUCAGAAAAACCAAGGAGAUUGUGCUGAAAUGUAAUUUUAAUAUAACUUGGAGAGAUGGUUUGUCUUUUUUUUUGAAAAUUAUGUCGAGUUACUAAUAUCCAUAGAGGGCAAGAACAAAGCCUCCCUCUAAACUUCUAACAUCAAAUAACAAUAUUAUCAGAUACAGCUAAUAUUCAGACAAGUCCUUUUCCUAUUACAUCCUGUCACCCUUAAUGUUUCAAGUUUUAAUGGAGCUACUAACAGGUAUAAUUUCUGGCAAAGAAAUUAUUCAGGGUAUUUAUUCAACUGUGGUAUUGAAGCUGUGCUGUAUUACAAAUAUGUUCUAUUGUAAAUAAAUGCAGAUUGUACUGGGACAAAAAUCUGUUUUAUUUGUAAAAUGAUUACGAAAAAAAUUUGACCCCAUUGUUAAAAACCCUGACCAUGUGUAUUUUUUUUUUUUUUUUUAACAAUUUUAACUGGGUCUGAGAAAUAUAAGUACACAGCACAUAGAACAGGCUGCAGAGUUUAUGCAGCAAAAUUACAUCAUUCAGAGGAAUUGUUAGUAAAACUAAUCAACAUAAAAUGAUUGUUUCCAAUUGCUUGACUUCCAAAAUCAAUGAUAUUAAGUUUAAACCUGUCAUCUGAGCAACACACUGCAAACUUAAGGUUUAUUAUCUGUAAUGUUUAUCAUCAUCGUGGUUAUUUCAAGACUCCACUGAAAUAAGACAACUGAAGAUAUUCUUACACCACAGCAUUUUU